AUCAGCUGUCAGUUGUGUGGUAAUUGUCAUAUACCAACCAUUCAUUAUUUAACCAAUUUACUUAAAACAUCGGAUUCUUUAAUUGAAAGUUAAACAAAAUGCGUCUUACUCUGAUACAACUCUUCAAAGAUACCGUACCUGGACAUAUUUUUCGGGGCAAACGUCGUUUGGUCAAGCCAGUAAGCCUCAGGGCCAUGGAAACACUGCGUCGAGAGUAUGAGAGGGAGGACAAAAUUAUGUUGCUUUUAAGACAUCCCUAUCUGACAGUGGAAGAAUCUGCAGGACACGUGAAAGAUCUCAAGAAGUCAGAGGCAAAAAUAGCUAUGUGGAAUGAUGCAAAAACUGCAAAGAAAAUGAAACCCCAUGUAACUCUGGAAGAUCGAUUGAUGCAUUUAAAAGUGAAGGAGGCAUGGGAUUAGAUAUAGGAAUAUAAAAGCUGCUGUUUACGUUGUUUCGUUUAUUGGAAUAAGUAAUAAAAAUUAUAUUUUUGGUUA